AUGGACCGCCUUCCCGUCGAGGUCCUCGCCCUCAUCCUCCCGGGCGUCGACGAGUUCCCGCCCAGCUCGUACGGCAGCGCCGCCUUCAAGGCCCGCCAGGCUGAGCUCCGCAAGCUGUGCCGCGUCUCAAAAGGCAUGCGCCGCGUCGCCCGGCGGCUCCUGUGGCGCAUCGUCGUCGUCGACACCGAGGAGCAGGCCUCGUCGCUCAUCCGCCUCGUCCUGUCGCCGAGCACGAGCGAGGUGGCCAACUUCAUCCAGAUCCUUGGCGCAGCGCAGGCCAAGUCUCGUCGCGUCUUCAGGGUCGACAAGGCCAGCGGCCGCGCACCUGGCCUCCUCGCCCCCACUACCGUCUUCCGCCUCGUCGCAAACCUGUCCGCACUUCAGCGCGUCUACCUGCUCGACUUCGACCCGGUCCAGAGAGCCGACACGAGCUUCGACGGCAAGAUUGGCAUCGAUUUCUCGUCGGGCGGGCCGUUGCGCAAGCUUCACAGCCUCGUCAUCACCGGCGGCAUGCCGUACCUCAAGCGCGUCCUCGCACCCGUCGCACACGCACUCGUCGAGCUCGCCCUGCCCGCCAACUUCAAGGCGUCGGCCGAGGACGUCGAGCAGGUCCUGUCGUCGCGCGUUCUGCCUCACCUGAGGCGUCUGCGCCUCGGUGUACCCAGCUCAAGAGGCUUCAAGCCUCGUCCGGUCCUGUCGGCUCCGACAACGGCCUUUCUUGCCCAGCUCGACUACGUGCAGCUCGUCGACCCGGUCCUGUCGUCUUCAGGGUUCUACGAGGACCGGCCGGAGCCCAUUCCGCUCGACCACCCGUACCUCGUGACGGACACGCCCGUCCUCGUCGACAUAUCGUCGUCCACCUCGCUGCCCCGCGAGUCGUCCCCGGCCCUCGACCUCGUCGACCACCUCUACGUCCGCUCGGUCCCCGACUGGAGCCGCCUCGCCGACGUCGUCUCGCACGCGCACCUCGUGACGCUCUGCAUCCCCGAGAAAGUGUGGCGGAGCAGCGCGAGCGAGUCGGACGAGCUCUUGGAGGUGUGCAGCGCCGCGGGCGUCGCGCUCUACCUCGCCGCCAGGGACAAGCACGCCGUCAUCUUGCCCGGCUUCGUCGCCUACUGCGAGGGUGAGAGCGACGAGACGGACUCGAAGUGA